UUUUGUGACAGCAUUUUCGUAGGGUGGCUGUGCUCCAACAGUCCGAGGAGUGGAAGCCGCUCUCACCGCGUUGGAUCCUAAAUAUCUCCUCUACCUCAGUUAACUAGAAGUGGACAUUAAUACUGAGUUAAAAUAUCACUGUAUUACAUCAGGUCUGAUGCAAUUUUGAGGCAUGUGUAUACGUCGUUGCUGAGAAAUAACGGAUUUAAAGUCCGCUUUUCGACGUUGACCCCCUCCCCUCGCCAGCUUGCCGUCGCUCCGGCUAGUCAAGGCGUCUUCCGCCUGGGUUUCUCGCUGCUGGUCUCCCCCCGAUGUGAUAUGGCUGUUUGUGGAUCUAGGAUUUCUCACUCUCAGAUGGCUUUCGCUAACGGGUCCUCCAGCGCCCACGACCGUGCAAUUCUGAGUGCAACUCAGUCCUACUACCAGCCUUCUCCUGCCGCUUCGUCUGUGCCUAGAAGAGAAUUCGAGCCCGAUCGUCCAAUCGGUUAUGGGGCGUUUGGUGUUGUCUGGUCGGUGACGGACCCUCGUGAUGGCAAGCGGGUCGCUCUCAAGAAGAUGCCCCACGUCUUCCAGAACCUCAUCUCGUGCAAAAGGGUCUACCGGGAGCUCAAGAUGCUCUUCUUCUUUAAUCAUGACAAUGUUCUUCGAGCUCUGGAUAUCCUUCAGCCCCCACAUGUAGACUUCUUUGAAGAGAUAUAUGUUGUAACAGAGCUUCUGCAAAGCGACCUACACAAGAUCAUCGUAUCUCCUCAGCCACUUAGCUCAGAUCAUGUCAAGGUCUUCCUCUACCAAAUUCUCAGAGGUCUCAAGUACUUGCAUUCUGCAGGCAUCUUACAUAGGGAUAUCAAACCGGGCAAUCUUCUCGUCAACAGUAACUGUGUACUUAAGGUGUGUGACUUUGGUCUGGCCCGAGUGGAGGAGCCUGACACCAGCAAACACAUGACCCAGGAGGUCGUGACCCAGUACUACCGAGCCCCCGAGAUCCUAGUAGGGAGCAAGCACUACACCUCCGCCGUGGACAUGUGGUCAGUGGGCUGCAUCUUUGCAGAGCUUCUCGGCCGACGGAUCCUCUUCCAAGCCCAAAGUCCAAUCACGCAACUCAAUUUAAUCACAGAUCUUCUAGGAACCCCAUCUAUGGAGGAUAUGAAGUACGCUUGUGAUGGAGCACGGGCGCACCUUCUACGCAUGCCACAUAAACCGCCUUGCCUCUCAGCUUUAUAUGGUCUCUCCAGCCACGCCACACAUGAAGCUGUCCAUUUACUCAGUAGAAUGCUUGUCUUCAACCCGGACAAGAGAAUUUCAUGUAUUGACGCCCUUGCCCACCCUUACCUGGAUGAGGGAAGGUUACGUUAUCACACAUGCAUGUGCAAUUGCUGCCACAAUACGUCGGCAGGCCGGCAGUACACCGGCGAGUUUGAACCCGCUGCACCACAGAGGUUUGACUGCUUAUACGAGGACGAUCUCCAUACAGUUUCACAGGUCAAAGAAGCGUUACACAAAUUCAUCACGGACAGACAUCAGGGUAAUACUGUACCUCUAUGCAUCAACCCACAAUCAGCCGCCUUCAAAAGUUUUGCAAGUUCGUCCGUAGCCAGUGCAUCAGAGCUGCCACCAUCACCCCAACCGUGGGACUGAUGAGAAGGCGGGGAGGGGACCAUGCCCCGCCCCCACCCACCAGCCAACCACGGCAACCAACGAAUAACAAGUCUUGUCCAGAAACUAUAUUCCAAGCCUUACUGUGUGUUGAAGGAGGGAGAGCUUUGUAAGAAUUGCCAAGAAAUAUUUAUAGCUAGUGCCUCGACUAUGUAUGAGCGCUCGUCUCCCUGUCUCCUCCUCCUAGACCCUAGUUCUUGACUGAGUUGAGCAAUACUGACUGUUUGCCCCGCCCUCUCAAC